CCGCGCGGCGGCGGACACGGGCGAAGGUGGGCGCGAGGUAGGAGGAACAAUAAAGCUUCAACAAGGACGGCGUUCCUCAGCCGCUUCUCGGCCCCGCCUCCUCCCGGGCACAGAGGCGGAAACAAGAGAAGAGUAGCGCUUCACAGGCGGGUCCCGAGGCGGGACUUCCUCUCUCGUCGCUUGUCUGUCAACGGAGGUCCACCACCCGCCUCGCGUCAAAUGGUUAACUUCUGAAGACCGGAUUGGCCGCUGCGGGAGCAACGAGGUCACGUGAACAGCCACGGCCUGCUCUGGAAGAGCGCUCGGAGCUGGGAAGGGAGAGGCCGGUCGGCUACUGUUCAGGAUUCCCCCAAUGGCUUCGUUUGUUAGCACCACCUCCCGCCUCAAAAGUAAAAAGUGGGAAUAGGAGCCAGGACGUUAUGCGUCUAAAGACAGGAGUGAUCAGUCUACCAUUUUUUUCUAAGUCUAUGGUUCAGGGGUUAUUUGCAUGAGCCGAGCGACCGGAUGUUCGAGGUUCGCGUCGCUCUAGGCAGCGCCCUGAAAUUCUAUGAAAAACAUCCUUUUUGGCCUCUUUGACGUCAUCAGACGUCGACAGGAAGAAAAUUUCCUUCCCGGAAGUAGGUCGGAGGAAGACACAAAAUAGGGGUAGGAAUGCUGUCUGGAGAGCAUCCCUUUUUCUGGAGCCGGAUAUGGUGGAAGCCUCCUGUGUUACCCUGGGGAUAGAGGGCGUAGGGGUGGAGUCUCUUUUAGGGGUGGCUUGCUUGCCCUGGGGAAUCCUGAGAUUGGUGUUGGCAGCUUGGGGGUGCGGCCGUUGUAGCUUUACUGAUAUACAGUAUUACAGGAAAGGGACACUCUGGCAUGAACUGACUGGCAGAAGAGACUGGUCCUUCACAUUAUGUUGACUUGACUUGUGGAACUGCCUGCCACAUGAUUUGAGCAUAGACUCCCACCUCAAGCAGCUUUAAAGGGAGAUGAGCCAAAUUUCAUGAAGGAGAAGAUAAAUUGUGGAACCAUCUGGGAGAGGGCUGUGGUGUACAGCCCCCGUUUGUAACCUCCCCAUUGUGAAAAGCACAAUGCUGGUCUAGAUGGGCCUCUGGCCUGGUAUGGUAGAGCUCUGCUUGUUGCAUUAUUACAUUUAUAUCCCUUUACUCCGUGUUGCUCAGAGAGUAUGCAAAGGUUCUCUCCUGCCUCUGUCCUAUAAUUUUGUCCUCCCAUCAACCCUGUGAGGUAGGGUAAACUGAGAGAUUGUGGCUGACCUGAAGUCACCAGCUGAGCUUGAUGGCUGAGUAGGGGAGGGAUUUGAACUUGAUCUCCCAAAGUUUUGGGGAUUAGUCUGAUUAGCCUUGACUACUUUUAUAAGUUGGUGACUGGAAGGUGGUUUGGAGAGCUGGAUACUGGAGGUUUUUUUCCUGAGGCAGCAGUUGUAUUUGAGAUGGCAUUGUGUAUUGUGCCACCUUGAUGGGUUUAAUUGAAGCAUCUGCUUCCGUGGUCUACAACCCCUUCAUCAAGUGUAUAAAAUGUCCUUCAUGAGUAUCUAACUGACAAAACAGAUUAUAGGCUGCGAAAACUGGUGCCACAAUAAAUCUUCUAGUCUUUGAGGGUCUGCAAUAUUCCUUGCUUUAAGAAUAGUGGAUAGCCAAUGAAAUUCCCGAGGUGGGUAAUAAAAAGAAAUAAACAGUAGUGUACAUUCACCUCCUUGGUAUUCCAGGUUAAAACUACCAUAUUAACCAAACUUUUAAUGGCAGAUUUGUGACCUGCUGGGACUGCUAAUUUUUGAUGUUAUGAAAGAGUGACUAUUUCUUCCUGUUUUAUGAUUGUAGGGUGAAUUGAUUGAUUUUAGGCUACAUGGGGGUGUAAUGAAUCUAUGUGAGCUGCUUUGUAGAAUCUGGAGAGGAAAAGCUGCACACAAAUACUUAUAAUAAAUGAGAAAAAUCACAUUGUUUCUGAAUACGGUGUUGUAUUUGAAGUUUGUGUAUAUAUUUGAAAAUCAAUUAAAAUAUAAUACAAAGAAAAAGAUAAACGCAUUCAAAUCAAGAAUCCACAUCUAGAGAAUAGUAAAUCUGGUAAAUAAAAAAGGCAAAUUUUCAGUUGAGCAGGAACCACAAAUGAACAGGGCACGUUCUAGAAACUAGCAGCCAUCUAUAAUGUUUUAAAUAUUAGUGUUAUAAAAGGUUGUCAUAAUGAAUGAGGAGACAGCUUGCAGAGAGAAUUCUCCAAGUCAUAAGAAUCAUUUAUAAGCACCUAUUGGGGUGCUUUCACAGUUACUGUAUCCAGGCUGGAUAGUUGCAUUCUUUUUUAAAUUCAGCUUAUGGUAGCCGAAAGCAACCUUGAUACUAGCACAGGUAGGCUAUUAUGUGUUAUUUGUUUCCAGAAUUUUUACAUAUCUGAAGAAAUCUCUCUUUCAAAAUAUCACUAUGCCCAGAGAAAUUUCCCUCAGUCUGUUCUUGCUGUGCGUGGACUCUUGAAGGUUGUUGCCAGAUAUACUCCAAAUGAGUCUGAGGUGACUUGUGGGCAAGAUAAGACACGUAUAGAUAUAGGAGUAAAGUAUUGAAAUAGGAUUGGGCAGUCUUUGGGGAUAUAGUGUUGCAGAGAUGGGAGGCUAGGUUAUUUCUAACCCUUUGUGCUUUCUGACUAAAGAGCCCCAAACCAUUUUAUUUUUCUCUUUCUAGGCAUAUAUACCAGAGUUAGAUUAUAGCAAUGGAUGCUGCCGGACGUCCUUCGACGGGACAGGUGAUCCUCCUGGCGACCAGUUCAGCUGUCACUGCAAUUCUGUAUGCCAUUUACAGGCAAAAGUCAAAAAUAGUUUACAGCUUGAAGGUCAGUUGCUGCUUAGAACAGGGCCACAGUAAUUUUAUGUAUUCAGUAUUUUUUCGAUGUCUGUUCUGCUUCUCAACUGAAAAGUAUCUGGAGCAGCUGCAACAGCCUUUAAAUGUUGAAUUUAUAAAAGGUAAAGCCUGUUAUGAACAUUAUAAACUAAAAGUAUAUUGGAUCCAAAAACUACAAAUGCCAAACGAAGGAAGGAAAUCCCAAAAGGCGAGAAAGGAGUGGGGGGGUACACAAUUAUUGUGUUAUGGGUUGUAGUCAAUUAAUUCCUACGCAAAGUAGACCUAUGCAAAGAUUUUGAGUGAAGAACGGGCUCUUACCAAUGUUUAAUUCCCUCCACCCAGGGAGCGAAAAAAGUCACCCUAGACCAGGAUUUGAAGACUAUCCUUAUGGAAGCACCUGGGAAAUGUGUUCCUUAUGCAGUAAUAGAAGGUAGGGUUUGUGAGUCUUGUGGAUUGCUGGUAAUGGGGGUGGGAAGCAUGUAUGAGUGUUUGCCAUUAGGUGUCUAGUUUGCUCCAUCUGUCAGGGAGGAUUAUGGUAUAACAUGCACACUAAAAUGCAACUCCCAUCAGCCCCAACCAGUGAUCAUGGCUGUCCCUGCACAGCAUAGUCCUUAGACCUGUGGGUAAAUUAAUAGGUUCCUAUUGCUCUUGCUGUUCUGUUACACUGUGGUGAGUCUUCAGGUGUGCAAUUAAGCUCUUUUCAGCUGUUUUUUCUUCCCUCUGCCAUCCAAUAGGUGUAGUGCGGUCUAUUAAGGAAACCCUCAACAGUCAGUUUGUGGAAAACUGCAAGGGAGUGGUUCAGAGGCUAACACUGCAGGAGCACAAGAUAGUGUGGAACCGAACCACGCACCUCUGGUAGGUACAUUUCACUCCCAGACUUGAAAAUGGGGCAAGAGGGUUAUUGCUUCCACUGGUGUAUUGGUGUGAGGCAAGAGCCUUUAUUGGAGCAUGUGGCUUAAUCAGUAGCGUAGGCCAGGUGCCAUUCAGAUUAUUAUAAUCCACCUUUCAAUCUCUAUCAGGGUGGAGUCUGCAUGCAGUCCUAUAUACUCCUCUGGCCCCCAGGGCUCUCCCCAGGCUGUAUCCCCUCCCCAGGCUUGCUCUGUCCCCCGUCCCCCCCCGUGAGUGCUUUUGCCUGGCUGGAAUGUGCACCUGUGAGAAUGCCUCUAGCUUGCCAAGAUGGAGAGUUGUGUAUAAAAAAAAUCUGGCUUCUGUGCCAGAAAAGCAGCCCCCUUGCUAAAAAAAGAUCCCGCAGGUUUUUUCAAAGUCUGCAUCUAGCACAUAAGAAGUUUAAUCAAAGUGUGUUGUGGCACCUUAAAGACUAAUACAUUUGUUAUGGCAUAAGGUUUUGUGGACAAAAAUCCAUUUUGGUAUUGCGUAAAGGAUCAUUCUCAAUGGGCAGAUACGGGGUGGGGAGAGAGAGAUGUAAAGAGUGAGGCGAAGUGUCAAUGAAAAGCAAACAAAAGAGGAAAACAGAACAGUUUGUGACAAUUGCAUUGCAGUUGGAAACAGGGGCAGGGAACCGUUUUGGACCAGUGGUGGGUAGAGCCAGAGGCAAAGGUGGCAAUAAAGAAAAUCAAGUUUUACCUUGUAUAGCAGGCUAGAUUUUACACACACUCGGUCCUCCAUUGAGAGAAGGAAGAAACAUUAUCAGAGUUCAAGAAUGCAUUCCAACCAGGCAAGAACACUGAGGGAAGGGUGCAACUUUGGAAGAUGUAUGGCUUGAUGAGAGGCCUGAGGGCCAUAGACCUGCCCUGUCCCUGAUCUGAAUAGUCAUGAUACGGAAGGGGAGGGAAGAGAAGUGCAAGCAAAUUCCGGCAAACUCAAGCAAAUUCUUCAUUAAAUUUCUGUAGACUGAAAUGUUAGGAGCCAUUCCCAGGCAAACCUUUAUGUGCCCAGCUAAGUGGGCAAUCCGUUCUGUGUUUCUUCUGCUGCUUUAAACCUUUGUGCUGGGUCCUCGUUCCCCAGGAGCGACUACGAGAAGAUCAUUCACCAGAGGACCAACACGACAGCCUUUGAUAUGGUGCCCCAGGAGGGAGGAGCCGAUGUCGCCGUGAGGGUGUUGAAACCCCUGGACGCUGCCGAGCUUAGCUUGGAGACAGUGUACGAGAAGUUCCACCCGUCUGUCCAGUCCUUCACGGACGUGAUUGGCCACUACAUCAGCGGGGAGCGCCCCAAAGGCAUCAAGGAGACCGAAGAGAUGCUGAAGGUGGGGGCGGCGCUUACCGGGGUGGGCGAGCUGGUCCUGGACAACAACACCAUCAGACUGCAGCCCCCCAAGCAAGGGAUGCGCUAUUACCUAAGCAGCCUAGAUUUCGAGGCCUUGCUCCAGAAGGAAGAAUCGAGCGUCCGUCUCUGGAAGGUCCUGACUCUACUUUUUGGUUUUGCGACGUGCGCCGUGCUCUUCUUUGUCCUCCACAAGCAGUACCGCCAUCACCGGGAGAAGCAGCGCUUGCGUCAGGUGCAGGAGAUGAUCGCAGCGGGCGGGGACACGCUGAAUGCAUGCGUCGUCUGCUUGAGCAAUGCCCGCUCAUGUGUGUUCCUCGAGUGCGGGCACGUCUGCUCGUGCGACAAGUGCUACCAGGCGCUGCCGCAGCCUCCCCGUUGCCCCAUUUGUAGGCAAGAGAUCGCAAGAGUCGUGCCUUUGUACAACAGCUGAAUUGGCGGCGCCGUCUCUUUUGGCGACCUCCCCGUCGGUCUUUCUCGUUGAGGAACGUUCUUCUGGCUUUCGCUGCAGCAUUAGAGGCGUGCGGGGUGUGGGUUUGGUGUGACCCUUUGCACAGACAGUUGGAGAAGCAAGCCAUGUUGCAUAGAGCUGCAAACAAAGAUUCAGAGCUUUUAACGAUUGCUGUGAUUUGGGAAGUAGACUGUUCAGCACUGCUUGGGUGGAUUUUCUUUGCCAAAAUGAAGUUUCUCAACUGACAAUUCACAUGUAAACCAUGGAGACUUUGGUUUUCUCCAACCUGGUGCCCUGCAGAUAUUUUUGACUACAGCUACCAUCAGCCCUGGAGUUGUAGCCUAAACCACCUGGAGGGCACCAGGUUGGAUAAGGCUGCUUGAACUAAUCCCUGUAUUUUCUUUCUCCUGUGUGAGAAUUAACAGGAUCAUGUUUCUAAACUGGAAUGCUUUUUUUGAGUUCUUUUUCACCAGUGCUGUGUGUGUGUGUGUUCUUCCUCCGAAACAUUUACCAAUCCCAAUUCUCUUCUGAGAAGCUCCAAAUUCAGUGCUCAGAAUAAAUUAAGUUUGCACUGCUUUGGUUUUAAUUUUGCUUUCAGUAUUUCAGAG